UCUCCAUACUGUGGAUCUCGAACUCCAACCGGCUGGGCUCUCACACGCAGCUGGUCACUCACGCAUCCACGGGCUGCAAGAGGCGGGCCGGGCCACCUCUUCCCACGCAGCACAAGCACACACGCAUUGAGAUCCCAGGUGCCCUAGGUGCCCAGUGUGCAUGUAUCGUGAUGAUCUAGAGCGGGGCCUCGCUCCAGAGUGGCACGGUCACCUUUCACCUUUGCUGUGCAGCCCUCCUAGGGUGCUAGGGCAUCACAGGACAGAAGCCAAGCAGAGACAAGAGGCAGUCUUGCUGCUCUGGCGUUCAGUCUCACCAGCAAACUGCUUCUAAGGAGCAAAAUGGUGCAGGGUAAGCCCCCCAUUUGCGUGUUUUAGUCAUUUGCUAAAAAAUAGCACCGACCAUUUAAAACACUAUCAGGUCCCUACUCUUAGGAAGAACUCACUGAAGUCAUUUAGGCACAAAGGGAUAUGACGCCUGCAACUUACCUUCGAAUGGCUCAGAAAACGAUGUAUGGGGCGGACAGAGGGAAACGCUAAAGCAAACGGGAUAAGAUGUUAACGAGAGGAAAGCCGGGAUGCAGAACGCAGGGGUGUUCUCUGUACGAAUUUUAGCGCUGCGACUUUUUGUGACUUUGCAACGACUUCCAAAGAAAAUGUGAAAAUUACACCCCAAGCUUUUUAAAAACAGAAAGAACAAAACCAUCUGAUGAUGGCAGAGGGUAGGCGGAUGAAGGUGAAGCAACGCAAGACGUUUAUUCCAGGAGGACAGGGGUCCCCAGAGUGGGGAUGGGGGGAAUGAUGGCAAGGACACAAAAAUGACAGCAAAGAUCAAUGGGGCGGGGUCAGCGGGUUACAUCGCUGUCACGCCUCGGCCACAUGCUCCCUCCCCACUGGGUAUUCCAAUGAGGAAAACGACAAGUCAGAAAAAAAAAUCUUUACAAAGUUUAAGAGACUCCAUCCGUCUUUGCAAAAGGGAUGGCCUGGCCAGCGAGUGGAAUCCUGUGACCUUGUGAUGUCAGCUGCGCUCAGAAUGUUCGUCCGGACAACCCAAACCAGCCUCUUGGGAGCCGGUGUGCGGUCUCCACACCCUACGGUAGUCAGAACAUGGAGAACUUCUCACUCCUCAGCAUUUCUGGACCUCGAAUCUCCUCCUCAGCCCUGAGCGCUUUUCCUGACAUUAUGUCCUCACGUGCCACCAGCUUGCCAGACACCACAAAGAGCGCACCACCCCCCGAGGCGUCCAGCGCGGCUCAGGCCCCGCCAGCCCGGUACCACGGCAGCGUGCUCCGGCACGGGGUGCAGAACACACUCUCCUCUCCAGGUGAGGCCUCCUCUGCCCCGGGCGGGCGCGUGGGAGAAGCUGGGGGGCCAGGGGCUGCCCCACGCUCACACCCAACCCUUUCCUCCACAGACUGCAUUUUGGGGGACUCCCAGAACGGGGAGCAGCUGAGGCGGAACUGCACCAUCUACCGGCCCUGGUUCUCCCCUUACAGCUACUUCGUCUGCACGGACCAGGAGAUCCACCUGGAGGCCUACAGCUUUGCAGAGGUGCAGCGGGACGAGGGCAGGGGCGACAGCUGCGGCCCCGAGGACCUGGCUGAGAGCAUCUGCUCGUCCUCUUCCUCCCCAGAGAACACCUGCCCCCGAGAGGCCAGCCCGAAAUCCAGGCACGGCCUGGACCCCGCCAACCACAUCACGUCCCAGGACAUCCUCACGGCCUCCAAGUGGCACCCGGCCCAGCAGAGUGGCUACAAGUGCGCGGCCUGCUGCCGCAUGUAUCCCACUCUGCACUCCCUCAAGAGUCACAUAAAGGGGGGCUUCAGGGAGGGCUUCAGCUGCAAGGUGUACUACCGCAAGCUCAAAACCCUCUGGGGCAAGGAGCAGAAGGCCCGGCUGGGGGACAGGCUGUCCUCGGGCAGCUGCCAGGCUCUCAAGUAGCCCUGCCAGGGGGCUGGGGUGGCUGCCUUGUAGCGGACCCCUCAGGGAAACGGGGUGGAGCCUUCUCCAGAGAGACAUCAAUAAACCAAAGUUAGUCACAGCCGCUGUCAAGUCUGA